AUGGCGGAUGCUAAAAUACAAACCCCGCGCUGCUCUAUCAAGGAAGCCGACAGAAUACUCACAGGACCGGGAAGUUUGCUCGAAAUUGAAACUCGAGUCAUUGACGGGAGGGUCUUGAAAGUCUGGAAGAAUCUCUGGCCAUCCUUGCGGCACCUCUUUUUGUACUCGACCAAGAAGCACGUGGACAAAAUCUAUAUAGUAUACGAGAAAGAGCGUCACACAUACCAGGACAUAUUAGAGAAGGCAGUCAAAUGUUCCGCCAUUUUGAGAGAUGUUUAUGGCAUUAAGAAAGGGGAUCGAGUAACCAUCUGCUCCCGAAAUUGUCCUACUUACUUGGUCGUGUUUUGGGCUUGUCAUCUUCUGGGUGCCGUCAUCGCUCUUGUGAACAUGUGGCUGCCAUUGGAGCCGCUCCGACACUGUAUUAUGCUCACAAAGUGCACACUGAUCAUCCUUGACACCGAGCGAGCUGAUAUGGUCGAACCGAUUGGUGCUGAGCUUAGGCUCGCAUGUGGUGCAUCAAGAUAUCUUGUCCUUGAGGAUCACGAGGGAAAAGGCCAUUGGGAAGGUAUGGACGUUUGGAGUAGAGUCUUCUCCGAAUACGAUGGAGAUCCCGGGAAUGUGCUCAGUGACGAUCCUCAAAUCUCACCGGAAGAUGAUGCGGCGAUUACUUUCACGUCAGGGACCACCGGCUUACCAAAGGGUGUCUUGAGCUCGCAACGUGCACUAUUGACUCCCCUAUUCAAUGCGGCUUCGUUGAUAGGGAGAGAUUGUCUUCGACGAGGGGAGUCAUUCCCUCCGACACCUAGCGCAGGUCCUCAGGAAGGUUCGCUGGUUCCGAGGAUACUAUCGCUGACCUCUUCAGUUUUCUCAACUAUGCAUUGUGCUGUUCAAGGAAUCAAGAUUGUUUUAACACGCACAUGGAAUGUACAUGAAGGCAAGAAUCGACUUCCUGCAGAACUGUGUAAAACGGAGAAUAUCAUUCGGCUCGCCGGUUCACCUUUAACCAUCAGAGAGCUCGCUGAGAGCGCGAUAUGCAAAACUUCAAUAAAAAGGAUAUCAUAUGGAGGUACUCCCAUUGCACCGUCUCACCUUCAAAGAUGUAGACAAGCAUUUCCUCUCGCCACCGUCUUUCAAACAUAUGGUCUAACCGAGACGAAUACUGGCGCGGUAGGCUUCGGUGGACCGGAUUACGAUGCGAGGCUAGAUAGCUGUGGUUUCGUGCUUCCUGUCAGUGAGAUUCUGAUAAUGAAAGAUGGUGCUAAAGCUGCGCCGGGAGUGGUGGGAGAGAUUUGGCUUCGUGGUCCGAAUGUGAUGAAAGGGUAUUACGGUGACGAAGCUACUACUGAUCAAGUCCUUACUAAAGACGGAUGGCUGAUGACCGGCGAUCUUGGACGGAUAGACGAAGGUGGUUAUGUUUACAUCACGGACAGGAUCAAAGAUAUCAUCAUCAGGGCUAGUUAUAAUAUUGAUUCGGUUUCCGUCGAGAAUGCCCUAUACACCGAACCGGGUGUAUUGGAAGCGGCAGUAGUUGGCGUACCUGACGAAUAUGUGGGGGAAUUGCCUGUAGCAUUGGUGACCCUCAAGUCUGGGUAUGGUGGAUUAGUCGAUGAGGAGAAACUCACGGCGACUGCUGAGAAACUGUUACCCAAAUAUGCUGUUCCAGUGAUGAUUGUUCUGUAUGGUCGUGGAUUUGAUCACACAGCUCUUGGGAAGAUUAUCAAAAAGCCGUUGAGGGUCAUAGCCCAGAGGGAGUGGGAAAAGAGGUCGAGGAAAGAAUAGGCUAACCUUCUGGUUAUGAAAUAUUUAGAGCGGUGCUGUUCGUUCGGCACUUGUGAAUACAUUAUAUGCGGCUUUAAAGUAUGAAUGGUAAACAUCGUCGUACAGUAUAUAGUAUCUUGUAAUGUAACCUAAACAAUCAAAGCUUGCCAAAACUGAUAUGUUAGUAUCAGCUCUUGACUCUCA